AAUUUGUUAGCAAUUUAGAGCUAGUUAAUAAAUGUUUAGUCUACAGGUCAAAACGGAAAGUAUUUAAUGGGAGGGACGGAAGUAUCUUAUGUUUCUAGAUUGAGUUUCUAAUUUUCGAUUACCGCAAAAGGCAUUAUGAAAGAUGCAGGCAUUGUAAGAACAGCAACAAUGGCGGAGGAUAUUAUAAGCAACAGAACAAGAAGAGGAAGAGGAGGCAUUUUUGGAGCUCCGAUGUGUGGCGUAGCACAGGAAACAGAGUUGUCCAGAGACGACAGCCAUUUCAGCCUCACCACCGGAAUCCUCCCCUCUCUCGGUGCUCGGAGCAGCUGCAGAGUCCAGCUCCGCCGGUUCACCGUCUCCCCCUACGACCGCCGCUACAGGAUAUGGGAAACCUUUCUGGUAGUUCUGGUCAUCUACACAGCAUGGGCGUCUCCUUUUGAAUUCGGCUUCCUUAAAAAGCCAGAAGGGCCAUUGUCUAUUAUUGACAAUGUUGUCAAUGGAAUCUAUGCAAUAGAUAUAGUGCUCACCUUCUUUGUGGCAUACCUGGAUAAGACCACAUAUCUUCUAGUUGAUGACAGAAAACAGAUUGCUUGGAAGUAUGGGAGUACUUGGUUGGCAUUUGAUGUCAUAUCCACAAUCCCCUCGGAGCUGGCCAAAAAAAUCAUGCCAAAACCUCUAAGAUCAUAUGGAUUAUUCAAUAUACUUCGCCUCUGGCGUCUCCGCAGGGUCGGUGCUUUAUUUUCCAGAUUGGAGAAAGAUAGGAAAAUCAAUUAUUUCUGGGUUCGUUGUGCUAAGCUUAUAUGUGUUACUUUAUUUGCUGUACAUUGUGCUGGAUGCUCCUAUUAUCUCCUGGCUGCUGAUUAUCGUGACCCAAAGAUGACAUGGAUAGGGGCAUCUAUGGAAGACUUCCUUCAUAAGAGCCUAUGGAUUCGCUACAUUACUUCACUAUAUUGGUCGAUCACAACCCUCACUUCUGUUGGUUAUGGUGACCUACAUGCAGUGAAUACUCAGGAGAUGAUUUUUGACAUUUGCUACAUGCUCUUCAACUUGGGGCUUACUUCUUACUUGAUAGGAAACAUGACUAAUUUGGUGGUCCAUGGUACCAGCAAGACCAGGCAAUUUAGAGACACCAUUCAAGCCGCAUCGAGUUUUGCUCAAAGGAAUCAUUUGCCAGUUCGUCUUCAAGACCAGAUGCUUGCACAUUUGUGCUUAAAGUUUAGAACAGAUUCAGAGGGGAUCCAGCAGCAAGAGACUCUUGAGUCCCUUCCCAAAGCCAUCAGGUCAAGCAUAUCAAAUUUCCUCUUUUAUUCGAUGGUCGACAAGGCCUACCUUUUCCACGGGGUAUCAAAUGAUUUACUCUUCCAACUUGUUUCGGAGAUGAAACCGGAGUACUUUCCACCCAAGGAAGAUGUAAUCCUGCAAAAUGAAGCUCCCACAGAUUUCUAUAUUCUAGUGACUGGAGCUGUGGAUCUAUUGGUUCUUAAAAAUGGAACUGAACAGGUUGUCGGGGAGGCAAAAGCGGGAGAUCUAUGUGGCGAGAUAGGGGUUCUGUGUUAUAGGCCACAGAUAUUCACAGUACGGACGAAACGUUUGAGCCAACUUCUACGGAUGAACCGAACCACGUUUUUGAAUAUCAUUAAGGCUAACGUUGGUGAUGGGACCAUAAUAAUGAACAAUCUUCUUCAGCACCUGAAGGAGAUGAAGGAUGACCCAAUAAUGGAAGGAGUUCUCUUAGAGACAGAAAAUAUGUUAGCAAGGGGAAGAAUGGAGUUACCUCUGACCCUUAGCUUCGCAACGCAAAGAGGAGACGAUUUGCUGUUGCAUCACUUGUUGAAGAGGGGUUUAGACCCAAACGAAUCAGAUAACAAUGGGAGAACCGCACUUCAUAUAGCAGCAUCCAAAGGAUAUGAAAACUGUGUCAUUCAUCUUCUGGACUUUGGAGCCAAUCCCAACCUUAAAGAUUCUGAAGGUAGUAUACCCUUGUGGGAAGCCAUCUUGGGAAAACAUGAACCGAUCAUCAAGCUACUGUUGAACAAAGAUGCAAACAUAUCUGCUGGGGACGUUGGCCAGUUCGCAUGCAUUGCUGCCGAGCAGAACAACCUUGACCUCCUCAAAGAAAUCACCCGUUGUGGUGGGGAUGUAACCCUGCCAAGAACCAAUGGCCCCUCGAAGACAGCUCUCCACUAUGCCGUUUGUGAAGGCAACGUCGAGAUGGUCAAAUACCUGUUGGAUCACGGGGCCGCCAUCCAAAAACCAGACGAGUACGGGUGGACCCCAAGAGAUCUGGCUGAGCAACAAGGGCACGAAGACAUUGCUGCGCUCUUUGAAUCCCGAAAUGAUCAAUCCAUCACCACCACGGUGCCUGAAGACCCGCCUGGUAGGGUCAGCUUUCUCGGGAGGUUCAAAAGUGAGCCCAAAAUGCCUCCCACGACACAGGCCGAGGGACCGUUUGGGGGGCAGUCUCGCCCCAGGCGUAGGACAAACAGCUUCCACAACUCGCUGUUUGGUAUAAUGUCGGCUGCCCAAAGCAUUGACCAACCAAUCCUCUUACCCGUGAAAGAAACCACAACAGAAAAUCCUUACCGCACUAGAGUAACAGUUAGUUGGCCCGAGAAAGGAGACAUUGCAGGAAAGGUUGUGUUACUACCUAAGAGCUUCAAAGAGCUACUAGAGAUCGGGGUUAAGAAGUAUGGUUUCUUGCCUUCCAAGAUUAUGAGCAAAUCAGGGGCAGAAAUAGAUGAUAUUGGAUUGAUCAGAGAUAAUGAUCAUAUUGUUUUUGCAAAUGAUACUAGAAAUCCAGAUGUAAAAUGACUAAACUCUGGUAUGUGUUGAUCUGCCAAUGAAGACAGAAGAUUGCCCUUCAAGCAGUGGAAGCCUAACACACCUUUAACAUUAUCCCAAUAGUGUAAAAUGACUAAACUCUCGUAUAUAACUAAUUUUUUUAGUUACUAUACGGACUGUAAACUCCGUAUGCAAAAUUACAUUUAAAUGCAAACCAAGCAUUAGAUGGUUAUAACUUCGUAUGCUUGGCACUUGAAAAAAUCGGUCAUAAUGGUUGCUCACUCUUUCGAGAGAAUGGUCAUUUC